GGCGCCACUCGACGACAGGAAGCCCAUAUCGAAGGAGGAAAACAAACAAUCUCAGCAUUCGUGAUGCUCAAUGACUAAGAACAACCUCCGCGAGCAGCUCGGAUGGUUGCUACAGGAGAAACCGUGUAUACCUAAACAUUCGCCUUCAUUACCACCCGUACCUCUUUCCCUUGGACCAUCUUCGCAGGCACCGCUUUCACAGAACAUAGCCGGGAAUGUCAGCUUGCUACCGUCACGUACAUCAAAUUCAACAACGCGUCCAAUCGCGCUACCGCAAACAACAGGGCGAGAACGAGCGAAUUCACCCCCGCGUGGCGAGCCCAGUGCGAACAUGGCAAGGUUGAGAGCCGCUGCCUCAUCCUCUCCCACAAAGCCCGUCCAGGUCUCCUUGCCCGAAAGGUCGUCCCAAUCGUCAUCUAGACCGGCCAUACCGAAUCUGAACAGUCGCCUUAAAUCGUAUGCUCAAUCGCCAGCCCCUCGUAACGCCAUUCCCUCCACGAAGAUGGCUCGGACAACGCCUGCAUUGCCCUCGAAGGUUGAUACUCUCGACUUGACAGAUGACACGCUGCCCACUCCGAGUCGUCUAUUCUCCAAUCUCAACGGUCAGAAGAGAAAGAGCGAUGAACACAGGUCCGACACAUACAACCGCCCAUCGUCCAAAGCCCCACGUCUCGAGACAAUCCAACCACCGGACGAUGACGACGAUAGCUUCAUGUCUAUUGAUGACUUGAUAGACGAUGAGCCAAUUGGCCCGCCUCCUCCAUACUCGACUGUCGCCCAAUCACCGGCUAAGCGCCCUGCCUCCGCGGCUGUUUCAUCCUCGAGUUCAACCAUGGGCCCUCCGCCGCAAGAGAGACGCGUCAAGCGUCAAGUAUUGGACAGUGAAGAUGAAGACAUGGAAGACGCUCAUGAAAGCAUACCCGAUCCAGUGCGUGCUUCUCCUGUCAAGAUGAAGCAACCUACACCAUCUCCCAGAAAGCCGUUGCAGACACCUGCCCUCAGCCGUGUUGCUGAGUCUCCUGCUCUUGGCUCACAAUCACCUGGACUCGCCCCGCUCUCUUCCAGCGAAGAUGCUCUCAUCAACAAGUUUCUGUCAUGGACACAACAAGACUUCGAGUCCAAGCUGGCCGAAGCUGGAGACCGCCAUGCACAAGCUACAGACAACUAUAUGGCUGCCAUGGAAUCGCUUGAUAUCGAUGAGGUACCAGCCCAUAUCUCAGCAGCAUACGAGCAAGCAGGUGAGAUUGAAGAAGUCCUGAAGAAUCUGAAAGGCUUCAAGGACCAUCUGGAUGCUCUCGACUUUGAAAUGAAGAACGUCUCGGGUCUUGUGAGAAAAGCUCUUCUUGCUAGACAAAAGCCUACCAAGGAACAACAAGAGAUGAAGCAGCUCAAGCAACGCAUCCGUGAUACACACACUGAAAUCUUACCACUUCUACACAAUCUCGAAUCUGUUGGCCUCAUGGCUACCUUCAAGCGACCUGCAGCAGUCUCUGUCAAAUCGACUCAGGCUGUGCCUAGAGCAAAGACCGAGGUGCUUAGGAGUCCUGGUCCCGAACGGGUCAAACAGACUCAGCUGCCCAAUGGCAGACACAUCGAAACAUUUGCUGGUGUCGAGGACACCCCGCCCAAGCCUGCCAGAAGGAUCAAGCCAGAGCCAGAAGAGGAAGACCCAAGUGUGAUGGAGAUUAGUCCGCCUCGUCACUUUCCCGACCGAAACGCCCACACAAUCAACAGCUAUAAUGCCCCGCCGUCCCCGUCCAAACGAAGUCACGCAACCUCAGUCAGUCGGCAGGCAUCAGCGAAGCCGACGAUUGCCACCAAAGAUUUCGCAAACGCCAACCGGUACAGUGAUAAAGAGAACUAUGGCGUGCCCGAUGAAUUCGACGAGUUUGAAGAGGAAGAUGAAAGUCUAUUCAGCAACAUCAUGGGAACACCUCCAGCGCAGGCCGCUGAUGAGGACGACAACUUUGAUGACGAAUUUGACGACGAUGAGGAUCUCAUGAAUCUCGCGACCGAGUUUGAAGAUCACUCGACUUUCAAUGGGGCAAUUCGACAGUCAAACGACCGUCCAGCUUUUGGUCAGAUAUCGAACGCUGCCAAAGCACGUCCAAAGAAAGCUACUCCCUCCAAAAGGCCCAAAACACUUGAUGAAGAACUCGGAGAUUUUCCUUGGACAAAACAGGUCAAAACCGGUUUGACAAAGGUCUUCCAGUUGCCCGGUUUCCGGCUCAAUCAGGCCAACGCUAUCAAUGCCACGCUUGCCGGCAGACACGUAUUUGUUCUGAUGCCAACCGGAGGUGGUAAAUCAUUGUGCUACCAACUACCAGCAAUCGUCAGAACGGGGAAGACUUCAGGCGUCACUGUUGUCGUUUCACCUUUAUUGAGUUUGAUGGAAGACCAAGUUUCGCAUCUGAGAGCACUUCACAUUCAAGCUUUUGCACUCACUGGCAGUACAUCGAUGGAUGAGCGCAGAGAGAUCACCAGCACGUUCACGAAGCCGAAUGUGCAAGACUUUGUACAGCUACUUUACGUCACGCCAGAAAUGUUGAACAAGAGCGGUAUGAUGAAGACAGCAUUCAAGGAUCUCCAUCGCAGGGGAAAGCUCGCCAGAAUUGUCAUCGACGAAGCUCACUGUGUCAGUCAAUGGGGCCAUGACUUCCGUCCGGACUACAAAGAGCUUGGAAUGGUCUUGAAAGAGUACCCUGGUGUUCCCAUCAUGGCCCUAACUGCGACUGCUACCGAGAAUGUCAAGGUGGACACCAUUGGUAAUCUAGGCAUCAAUGGCUGUGAAGUCUACUCGCAAAGUUUCAAUCGUCCAAAUCUCACGUACCAUGUCGACAACAAGCCUAAAAAGUCAGCGCUUCUCGACAAAAUCCAAGAGAUCAUAGAGGAUAAGCACAAAGACAAGUGCGGAAUCAUCUACUGUCUCUCAAGAAAACAAUGUGAAGACGUCGCUGAUGAGCUGCGCCAGCGUGGUAUCGAGGCUCAUCAUUACCACGCUGGUAUGGAACCUGAAGCAAAAAGCAAGGUACAGAGAGAUUGGCAGAGAGGUGACACUAAAGUGAUUGUCGCAACUAUUGCCUUUGGCAUGGGCAUCGACAAGCCCGAUGUCCGUUUCGUCAUUCACCACACAAUUCCCAAGAGUCUUGAGGGCUACUACCAGGAGACUGGUCGUGCUGGACGUGAUGGCGCAUCGUCAGACUGCUAUCUAUUCUAUGGCACACACGACUUGUUCACCUUGCGCAAGAUGAUCGAUGAGAACGAGACCGGUAGCAAGGAGCAGAAGGAUCGUCAACAUGACAUGCUUCGCAGAGUCGUCCAAUUCUGCCUGAACAAGACAGAUUGUCGUCGUGUUCAAGUGCUGGCCUAUUUUGCAGAAACUUUCUCAAAAGAAGACUGCGAAAAUGGUUGUGAUAACUGCGACACGACAGAGGAGCUGGUCGAAACAGACUACACAGAACUAGGUCUUGCUGCAGUUGGGCUGGUCAAGGAGAUGGCCUCAGUCCGUAAUGUCACUCUCCAUCAAUGUCUUGACCUCUUCCGAGGUACUGGUCGUGGUAUUACCGCCGAAGACAGGGAAGCUGAGAAUUACGGUGCUGGCAAGGAUCUCGAUCGCGAGAAUGUCGAUCGUCUCUUCGGCCUUCUGUUGGCUGAAGACGUUAUUCGCGAGUUCUCAAUCUUCAACAGGGCCAAGUUUGCUAAUCAAUAUCUCGGUCUUGGUCCGAGACGACACGUAUUUGGAAAAGGCCCGGGCAAAAGAAAGCUGAUGUUGGCAGUCCCAGCAGGUGGAAAAACUACCAAGCGCAAGCCCAAAGUUCCCAAAGUUGCUGCAGGUACCGGCGUCAAAGCCUCGAAGGCAGCGAAGAAAGCCCCUCAGUAUCCUUCAACGAACAUCUCUUCCCCUGUCCAAGCAGGUCCUAGCCGCAAGCGUGGCGAGACCCACAAUGGCUACCAUCGGGACACUUUCGUUAUUGACGAUUUUGAGGAUCAAGGUUACGAAGAAUCCGAUGACGACGAUGCUUUCGAGCCACUAAGGACGGAUACUAAGUCUCGUUCCCGCCACAAGGAGCUCGGUCCUCCCAUCACCAGAGACGAAACGAUGGAGAGCUUGGAUGACGUUCAUCAAGACGUGCUUGCAGCCUUUGUCGUGCAUGCCAAGGAAAAGAUGUUGGACCUUAUGAAGAGAAAGAGUCUGCGUCAACAGCCUUUCUCCGAUACUAUGCUGCGCGAGAUGGCCGUUCUGUUCCCCAAAAAUUUGGCUGCCAUGAAGAAAGUUCGCGGUAUUGAUCCUGCCAAGGUCGAUUGCCAUGGCGCAGUCCUGCUUCCUCUAAUUGCACAUUACAAGGCUCAGCUGGACUCGAUGAUGGAAGGCGCAGAAGAGAAGCCAUAUGAUCCUAACCACACCACCGUGAUAUACAUCGACAGCGAUGAGGACCAAGAUGAAGAUGACGAGUUCGCGUAUGACGGUGGAUUCAGCUCUGAACCUGAAGCAGGAAGUCAACGAAACGAAUCCGCCUACUUCAAACCCAACCGCGAAGUCGAUGCCUUCAACGCCAAAUUCUCACAAUCACAAGCCGCUCCCAAAGCAGCCGCAGCACCCGUCAACAAGCGUGCCCGCUCUGGCGAGGGAGGUAACAAAUGGGCCGGCAAGAAAUCGGCCGCUCGCAGAUCAAGCUACCCCAAAGGCAAAUCAGGCGUUGGUGGUGGAGGAGCAGUCAAGAAACGCGCACCAGCCGCGAAAAAGCAGAGUAGUAUGAACAAGUACGCGUACAAUGGUCCUGGCGGAGGUGGAGCAGGCUCGUCAAAGAAGAGUGGAGGUGGCGGAGGCUUUUCUAGCGGAAUUGGCAUGAUGCCUCUCUGAUCGAUGAAUUUUCGUAAUGGUUAUCAUUGUUUUUGCUAUGGGGUGGACUGAGAGGUGUCAAUGGUGUUACAUAUUGCUUUCUUCGCUUCUUGCAUCUGCUAGGUGUUAGCUUCGGGAGGCUUCUUUUCUUUUUUUUUGCUUGUCCAUUGCUUUGCAUCUUUCUUACAUUCAUGAGCUACGAUACAGAAACCCAACGGAGCAGAUUCUUAGACACGAA